UAUACUGGAGAUUCCUAAAAACUUAGAACCCCACAUGGCUCAUCACUUGUUAGUUCCUUCCAGGCUCCAUAUUCUGAAAGAGAGAAAAAGGCUCUGAAUAGAAGUCAAGUUUCUCACCAAAUACAGUUGUGUGUAUUUGUAAAAAGUUCCUCUUUCAGCCUCCAGAUUAAUGGAGACUACCCUGGAUCAAAAUUUCAUGGAUCAAAACACUAUAUUUAGUAGUACUGGUAGUCAUACCACAUCUUUCAAUAUAGGCCCAGAGGAAGAUUCUACUGGGGAAUUUGAUUUCUCUGAUGUGGUUCUCAAGUACAUAAAUCAGAUACUCAUGGAAGAUACUACUGAAGAGAGGAAUUGCUUGAUCCAAGACUCUUCAGCUCUUCAAGCAGCAGAAAAACCGUUCUACGAAAUGCUCGGCGAGAAAUACCCCACUUCUCCUGAUUGCAACACUGAAGUUCAAGUUGAGAACUUCACUCAUUACAGUAGCUGCAACAACGCGGUUGAAACUAAUUGGAUUGAUGAACUUGGUAAGUACAUAUCGUUGUCUAAUACCCAAAGUUUUCCGAAUGAUUAUACUUUUCAGGCGACUCCUGAGUUGUCUUACAACCAUUCAAAUGGUUUCAGUUCUGUUGUAGAAAGACUAGUGGAGCCGUCGGAGGGUAAGGUUCAGCUGGUUUCGGAUGCGUAUUGUGAGAGUGAACUCAUUAGGCAAUUGACUCCUCGGUUGUCUUACAACCAUUCCUCCGGUAUCAAUUCAGUUGUAGAAGGACCAGUGAAGUCGCCGGUGGGUAAUGUUCAGGUUCCUGAUGUGUAUUGUGAGAGUGAACUCGAGAUGCAGUACAGAAAAGGUGUCGAGGAAGCAAAUAAAUUUCUUCCAAACGGUAAUAACCUGAUUCUUAAUUUCGAGAGUAAGGAUUUCUUACGUUAUGAUCGAAAUAAAGAAGCCAGUGAUGUUGUAGUUGAGUUGGAGAAGAAGGAUGGGAAUGGGUCGAGAAGAAAGAAGAAUGUGCACAGGGAAGAUGGGAAUUUGGAAGAAGGGAGGAACUAUAAGCAAUUGGCAGCAGUGGAGGCUGCAAUGUUCGAUAUGGUAUUGGUCAAUGGAGAAAAUGAGGAGCAAGCGGAAUCAACUAUCCGUAAAUCUUUGAAGGUUGAAGCAAGCAAGAACUUGCAGCAAAAUGGUGGAAAGUCCCAUGGGAAGAAACAAACUAGCAAAACAGGCACGGUGGAUCUGUGGAGUCUACUCAUUCAAUGUGCACAAGCUGUUGCAACUGAUGAUCGGAGGAUUGCCAGUGAACUACUGAAACAGCUUAGACAACAUUCUUCUCCUUCUGGAGAUGGUCUACAAAGGUUAGCUAAUUGCUUUACUGACGGACUCGAGGCACGUUUGGCUGGAUCAGGUAGCCAGAUAUACUCGACCCUCCCGCAAAAGAGCCCAUCAUCAGUUGCUGAUAUGUUGAAAGCUUAUCAGCUCUUUAUGACUGCAAUCCCAUUCAAGAAGAUAUCAAAUUUCUUUGCCAACCAAACAAUUAAUGAUCUUGCGGAAAAUGCUACUAGUCUCCAUAUAGUAGAUUUCGGUAUCCUCUAUGGUUUCCAAUGGCCUUGCCUGAUUCAGUGCCUUUCGAAGAGAAAAGGUGGCCCGCCAAAACUUCGGAUUACUGGGAUUGAAUUACCCCGACCUGGUUUUCGUCCAGCUGAAAGAGUUGAAGAAACGGGUUGUCGAUUAAGAGAUUAUGCUAAAGAACUCAAUGUCCCAUUCGAGUACCAUGCCAUUGCUCAGAAAUGGGAAACCAUUCAACUGGAGGAUCUCAAGAUUAAGAAAGAUGAACUUCUAGUUGCAAAUUGUCUGUUUCGAGCUAGGAACUUACUGGAUGAGAGUGUGAUAUUGGACAGUCCAAGGGAUGCUGUUCUGAACCUGAUUAGGAAGAUGAAUCCUGACCUUUUCAUUCAUGGAAUCUUGAAUGGUACAUAUAAUUCCCCAUUCUUUGUUACACGGUUCCGGGAGGCGCUAUUUCAUUUUUCUACUUUGUUUGAUGUGCUUGAAACAAUUAUCCCCCGUGAAAAUAUUGAGAGGAUGACCAUCGAGAGAGAUCUCCUUGGGAAGGAGGCCAUGAACAUCAUUGCAUGUGAGGGAUCAAAUAGGGUUGAGAGGCCAUAGGCUUAUAAGCAAUGGAAGGCGAGAAACACAAAUGCAGGGUUCAUUCAACUCCCUGUGAACAAGGAUAUCUUGAAGAAGGUCAAAGAACAAGCGAAAGCAGACUACCACAAGGAUUUUGUUGUGGAUGAAGAUAGCAGGUGGAUGCUGCUAGGAUGGAAGGGGAGAGUUAUCUUUGCACUUUCUUCUUGGAGGCCGAUUUAAGACCCUUGUUUUCUGUUACACUACUACUGCUCAUAAAGAAGGAGGUUUGUUUGAGGUUUGCCUCCCUUUUCUGGUAUGUAUUUCGGAUUAAGUAGUGAUUCCUAAAAACUAUUUUGUUCGGCCAUUUUUAUUCCUCUUAUGUCAAAAACAAGGCACAGUUUCACCGAUAACAAAAAUGCACCAUCUCAAAACAUCCCACUGUAGAAAUGUAAACUAAUGAAAUGUUACUCACGUAAAAGGUUUUAUUAUAUCAACAUAUUUUGUUUGUUAGGGACUAGGGAGCAUAGUUUCGAAGAUGAACCUCCAGAAAAUUGUAAUG